UACGCGCCAAUUGUUGCCUCCCUCCUUCCCCCAUCUUUUUUUUCUCUGUUUCUCACAGCUGAAGACGACUUCAUGGCUCUGUAAAAAGCUGAUUUUGGACCAAACAACAAAUUUGAACUUUUAUCUCGUUACUUCCUCCCUGGACUGGACACAUUCUUAUUUGUUCUAAUUGUAAUUAGAGAGCAAAAGUAAAUCAACAAAAAUGGAGCUUCAGAAGAUGAAUGGACAUAGCCAUGAAGAUAGGUUUGAUCCGAUUGAUGCCUUGGCUGAGCAGGAGGAGUUCCUCCCACAUAAACCUGGUGCAAAAAAAGAGAGCCAGUUCACAGAUUUCGAGGGAAAGACUUCAUUUGGCAUGUCCGUCUUUAACCUCAGUAAUGCCAUAAUGGGCAGUGGGAUUCUGGGACUGGCUUUUGCAAUGUCCAACACAGGGAUCAUUCUUUUUAUAAUCCUCUUGUUGUUUAUUGCUAUCCUGUCUGCAUAUUCAAUUCAUCUUCUGCUGAAAAGCGCUGGAGUUGUUGGCAUCCGAGCUUAUGAGCAGCUUGGGUAUCGGGCCUUCGGCCACCCAGGAAAAAUGUUGGCCGCUAUCGUUAUAACAGUACAUAAUAUUGGAGCCAUGUCCAGCUAUCUGUUCAUCGUAAAGUCUGAGCUUCCACUGGUUAUUCAAGCUUUUCUCGGGAAACAGGAAAACACAGGAGAGUGGUUCUUGAAUGGAAGCUACUUGAUCAUCAUAGUUAGUGUUUUCAUCAUCUUUCCUCUAGCACUCAUGAAACAUCUUGGUUACCUCGGCUAUACCAGUGGCUUCUCCCUCUCCUGCAUGGUGUUUUUUCUCAUUUCGGUGAUAUACAAGAAAUUCAACAUCCCAUGUCCACUAGAAGUCCAUCAUAACAACAUAACUAUUCCUGACCACUACAAUAUUGAUACUACAACAGAUGACUUCUGUGAGCCCAAGCUAUUUACAAUAAACUCACAGACAGCAUACACCAUCCCAAUUUUGGCUUUUGCCUUUGUCUGCCACCCAGAGGUGCUGCCAAUCUACACUGAGCUCCGAGAUCCCACCAAGAAACGCAUGCAGAAAGUUGCAAACGUCUCCAUCCUGGCCAUGUUCAUCAUGUACCUGCUGACGGCUCUUUUUGGUUACCUCACCUUUCAUGGCGCUGUGGAGUCAGAGCUGUUACACACCUAUAAUUAUGUUGACCCACUGGAUGUCCUGAUCCUCUGUGUGCGUCUGGCUGUGCUUGUAGCCGUAACUCUGACUGUCCCUGUGGUCCUCUUCCCGAUCCGCAGGGCCUUGCUUCAGAUUUUGUUCCCUGACAAGCCUUUUAGUUGGCUUAGACACGUCAGCAUUGCCCUUGGUCUCCUCUUCUUGGUCAACCUUCUUGUUAUAUUUGUCCCUUCCAUCCGUGACAUCUUUGGCAUCAUUGGAGCCACAUCUGCCCCCAGUCUAAUUUUCAUUCUACCUGGAAUUUUCUAUUUCCGAAUUGUUCCUGAAGACCAGGAACCGUUGCGGUCAAAAACUAAGAUACAGGCCUUAUGCUUUGCUGCACUGGGAUUCGUCUUUAUGAUCAUGAGUUUGUCAUUUAUUAUCAUUGACUGGGUGACUGGAGAGGCUCGAAGUGUAGGUGGGCACUAGCUGCUAUGACUGAACAGAGGUACUGCAAACAGAAUGUCAACCAAAGCCCUCCUUUUUAAAUUACCCCGAUCUUCUCAUCCAAAGCCAAACUAUAAUGUUUGACACAAGCUGAAGGAUUGAGUGAAGAACCGUCGCCUACAACAAAAAAGGAAAGUGUUGUUACAUGUAGAUAACAUUACAUGUUGGUACAUGCAGAACAGGAGAGAAAACCGAUGUGUGAAAAUCCAAAAUAAAGUGUCCUGUCUCAAUAAGUCCCGUCACAGCUCAAGCUAAGGAUGCCGUUUGGGAUCAUAUGUAGAUUGGCAGCAAAAGGUUUCAAUGGGAAAAGCAUGAAUACAGUGGAAAUCCCAUUUUAGGGUAUGAAUGUGCACAGUUUCGUGGAAUAACUCAGUCACUGUGAACAUCCUGCUGAUCUGGUUCCCAACAUCUCAGAUUUUGCAGGACUUACAUGUGUAUGUUUUGUAAUGUUUUUUCUGUGACAUUCAUUAGUUGUGGUUUCCCUUGAUUUUUGUGACUGAUGAAUCUGCCAGUACAAAGUCAGUGCAAACUCACUUGCACUGCCAAGAAGUGCAAAGUCAUUUUGCACAUUUCCCCAAACUCAUUAUUUCAUCUAAAUGUGACCGUCGAGGGUUAGUCUGCAGUUCUACGCAAAUAUUUCCUUUUGAUCAAAAUAUUUUCGGUGACUUUAACAUUGAAUUUAAUUAAUGAGUUUAAUGUGAUAUUUUAUCCAUCUUUUUUUUUUUUCUCAAUAUCAUGACUCAUCAAAGUGGUUAUUUUGAAGUUUCCCAGUGACCCAGCAAAAUAUGGUGCAAUUUGUGGGAUUUUGCUGCUGUUCGUGAAGGUCAGACAGACAAUCGUGUGUGAGAGGUGGUUUUUAAAACCAGAAACAAAGUUUUUAUGUGAGCCUGAACAGUCAUAGUUGCAAACCAAAGAAUAUAUUUAUUGUGUCACAUUAAGACAGUUUCUUUCUGUUUUUUUUUUUUUUUUUACCUUCCCUGGCAAAGACCAGUUAAAAAUUUACAUAAAUACCUCAAUGUUUAAAAAUUGUGGGUAUGUGUCAGCAGUUACAGGAACUUUUCAUUGUGUUCAAUAAUGACUUUAAAGUGGACCCAUUGUGCGUUUCAUAUGCAUAAGUGUUACAAUGUUGGUGCUUAUCCUAAACAUGGGUAGAGUAUUAAUGAGGUUAGCACAUUUCCAAGUAAUCCCUGAAAGCCAAAUGCUGAGACUUCAGACUGCUCUAAAUGUUUACUUCCUUAUUUAUGAAAGUAUUUUAAUCCUUGAACCACCUGCUGUUCAGAACUUCUAUUUACAAAAGACACCUAGUCAGAAGAAAGACUGUAUAAAUGGAUGGUGGCCUUAAAGGGAGUGGUACUACAUAGCCAGUUUCAGGCAGAGGAUGAACUGAUGGGCUGCAUUAAAGUCUACAAUAAGCUAACUAAGCAAUAUUUUUCAACUGAAGCAUGCAUUAUAUUCAUCAAACAGCAUUCUAGUAGACUGAGAUAAUAAGAAUGAGAACAAUGGGUCCCCUUUAAGUUUAAAUUAGUGAAGACCCUUUUUUUGUUUUUAAACUGACUGAAAAUCUGUUAACAGUGUCAUCCAUCCUGUACAUUUUUAAAUGAAUUUGAAUGUUCUUAACUGUCAAUAAAAUGUGAUUUGUACAUAAA